AUGGCACCAUCCGCGACAGGCGAACCGGUCAACCCGAGGGAGGCCUGGAAGACCCUACCGCCACCUACGAUAUAUCCCGUCAAGGAGGCCAAGUUCGAGAAGUAUCUACCACCACAAUUGGACAGCCGGGAGCGAGCGUUGGCACAACCAGAUGGGCAGGCCGCGAUCGUCAUCGACAAUGGCUCCUCGACCGUGCGGGCAGGCUGGUCGUUCGAGACCCAACCACGGCUCGCGAUCCCACCCAUCAUGGCGAAGUACCGUGAUCGCAAAGCGGGCAAGACCUUCUCCUUCGCUGGCAACGACUGCUACGCCGACACCACCGCGCGAAGCCAUAUCCGCAAUGCGUUCGAGGCAGGCACUGGGAUUGCAAGCAAUUGGGACGUGGUGGAGCACGUUCUCGACCACGUCUUCAUCAAGCUCGGCAUAAAUGGGGUCGAGGGGGGUAUCGACAUGCCGGUGGUCAUGACGGAAGCCGUCGCCAACCUGCCAUAUUCAAGGAAAACAAUGAACGAGGUGCUUUUCGAGUGUUACAACGCGCCCAGCGUCGCGUACGGAAUCGACUCUCUAUUCUCAUACCGCCACAACAAGGGGAAGACCGGCCUUGUGGUCUCGUCAUCGUACAGCGCAACACAUCUCAUCCCAGUCUACGACUCCAAGGCGUUACUGUCCCAGGCAAUACGGUUGAACUGGGGCGGCUGGCACGCCGCGGAGUACCUGCAGAAGCUCAUCAAGCUCAAAUAUUACACCGGGUUCCCGGGCAAGCUCACCGCCUCCCAAGCAGAGAACAUGGUUCGCGACUUUUGCUACGUAUCGGCAGAUUACAACGAAGAGGUCGCCAAAUUCUUGGAUUGGACCGGUCUAGAGGAUAGGGAGCGCAUCGUGCAGUAUCCGUACACGGAAGAGGUGGUGGUGCAAAAGACAGAGGAAGAGCUGGCUCGGAUUGCUGAGAGGAAGAAAGAGAGCGGCCGCAGGUUGCAGGAACAGGCCGCCAAGAUGCGCCUGGAGCGCCUGAUGAAAAAGGAAGAGGAGUUGGAGUAUUACAAGGACGUCCAGCGCCGGAUUACAGACCAAACCAAGAAAGAGACGAAACGGAUCCUAGACGACGCCGAGGUUAAGGAUGAGGCAGCUCUAGAACGGUUGAUCAAGGAAUUGGAGAAGUCCAUCAAGAAGGCCCGAACAAAGGACCUUGGGGGUGAGCAAGAAGAGGAGCAAGAAGCCCCCGACUUCAGCCUUCUCGAGGUGCCAGACGAUCAGCUAGACGAGGCUGGCUUGAAACAAAAGCGCCAACAACGGUUGCUCAAGUCCAACCACGAUGCCCGUGCUCGCGCCAAGGCAGAGAAGGAGGCGGAAAAGGCGCGCAUCGCCGAAGAAGCCCGUCUCGACGAGGAGCGCCGCAUCAACGACCUCGAGGGCUGGCUCGAGGAGAAACGCCAGGCCCGGCUCGCCAAGCUCGUCCAGAUCAAAGAACGCGACCGCCUCAAGGCCGACCUGGGCAACCGCAAAUCCCUCGCCAACCAGAUCCGCAUGAAGAACAUCGCCAGCCUCGCAUCCGACUCCCCCACCGGCGCCGCCGGGGGCCGCAAACGCCGGCGUGGAGGCGACGACGAUGAUUUCGGCGCGGACGACGCCGACUGGGGUAUCUACCGCAACGUAGCCAUCGGCGCGAACAAGGGCGACAGCGACGACGAGGACGGUGAAGGCGGCGAGGAGGAUCUGGAAGCCUCCGUCCGCGCGCUUGAGGCCGACCUGCUCGAGUACGACAAGGGCUUCGACUACGACCAAACCCUCGACGCCCAGAACGACUGGUCCAAAUCCCUGCUGCACGCUUUCCGCUACGGACCCCGGCCGUUUGACCCGGGCUCGCCCGCCGAAACCCACCGCCUGCACCUCAACGUCGAGCGCAUCCGCGUGCCCGAGGUCCUCUUCCAGCCCACCGCCAUCGCCGGCAUUGACCAGGCUGGCAUCGUAGAAAUCGCCGGUGACAUCCUCACCCAGCGGCUGCCAUCGCUCGCCGGCCUGUCGACGGCCGAUGACUUCCUCCGUGACGUCUUCCUCACCGGCGGCAACACGCUGUUUGAAAACUUUGAUGAGAGGUUGCGCAGGGGUCUGACGCCGCUGUUACAGGCGGGCGCGCCGUUGGUUAUACGUCGAGCUGAGGAUGCGGUACUGGAUGCGUGGAAGGGGGCGGCUGGGUGGGCGGGUACGGACGAAGCGAAGCGGGCGAGGGUGAGUAAGGAGGAGUGGCUGGAGAAGGGGGGGGAUUAUAUCAAGGAACAUGACCUCGGGAAUGCUUUUGCUUGA